AGCGAGCAAGGCGCUAAAACGGGCAUGGCUUUUAGCAUGUUUCACGUGACGCCGUUGUGCCGAUUGUGCGCGUGUCCGACGGCGGACGGCGCUGUCCGCGCUGUCCAAGUGGACAGGGAAAAGCUGCGGAUUUUUGCUAAGAAUUUCUUGCGCUCGAAUUCCUCCGAAACGGUGCCGAUGGACAAGGUCGAAGACGACGAUUUGAUCUGCUACUUUUGCAUCUGGCAGACAGAGUUUCUAGCCCGGAUGAACAAUUUAGACGAGUCUCUGGCUUGGUGGCCGCGAAAUUUGGAGUUGGACCGAGUGUCGGAAGAACUACGGAAACACUUUUACGAGGGACAUGCUAAUCAGUGUUGGGUGCCCUUGGAGAAAAUCCAGCUGCCGAGCAGAGUAGCCGACGAGGAAAUAAACAAAGCAGAGACUGAGAAGAAAAUGAAAAAAUGCUGUUUGUGCGGGGAAAAGGUUCACUACAGACAAUUGACGAAACACAUUCACACGCAACAUAAAGAUGCCAUCAGGUGUGACAAUAACAACUGCAAAACUUACUUCCGCAACGUUGCAGAAAAGGACAGGCACGUGUGGGAGGUUCACGAGAAACCUCAGAAGGAGAAGAAAAUCAACUGCCCCGUUUGCAGGAAGGAGAUAGUCAGGGUGAAUUACAGAAAGCACAUCGGCAACCAACAUCCUGAUUUUGCGGUUCGGUGCAGGUUCUUCGCCUGCUGCGCUUACUUUAAAUCGGAAACCGAGAUGGCCGAACACUAUUAUUCCGCGCAUGGAAAGGAAUUGGAAAAGAGGAAGUUCGAGUGCGCGCACUGCGGCCAUAGAAACGCGUUAAAGAAAACGCUCAAAAUCCACAUCGCUAAAACGCACUUUCCACGGAAUUUCAAGUGCAAGCAGUGCCCGAAAAUGUUUUCGUCUCAGCUCUUGGUGACAAGCCACACCAAGAAGUUGCACACGUUCCAUGUCUGCCAGCUUUGCCAAACUUCUGUCACUUACGGAAUAAAAGAUCGGCACAGGGUAAUUCGCGAAUGUCGACGCUGCGAGAAACAGUUCGAGUGCGGAGGCUUACUCAAGGUGCACCUGAAAACUUGCAUGGAAUACGAUCGUUUUGAAUGUGACAAGUGCUCAGCAACAUACACUGCCAAAAACAAACUCGAUUCGCACAAAAUGAAAAAGCAUUAAUUUUAGGUUUGAUCCGCUACGCGCAUAAUGGCGGCCCCCAGCGUCUCAGUGGGAGCCGCUAAUUUUUAAUCUCCGUCCCAUUUUAAAGACUCUUUACUGCUAUUGUGCCUUCUACGAAAGAUUUUUUGUACAUACUUUGAGAUUCAAUUUUAAAUAUUAAAAAAAAUGAUUUUUAGGGUUCUUUGCGCCUCCAAAUCUCGGGUUCUAGCCAUCAGAAUUUCAAAAACUACCAACCGUUGGACUCGUCUCAACCUACACUAACCAGCUAAAGUUUUUUGGGGGUGCUCACCCCCAUCCCCUUUGAUCCCCAUUGCUGCAAUUUUUAUAAUAAGCGACCACCGUUCCUGGCGCCGCGCUCUAUGUUGCAUCUUUCAAGCUGUAUGGCAACUUAGGGGUGAAAGGAAAACACCCCUUAACCAUUUAGUUGGUUAGAACUGGUUAAAAUGAUUCCAACGGUGGGUAGUUUUUGCAAAUGAGAUGCUUAGAAGCCAAGAUGUGGAGGUGCGAAAUUUCGAAAAAAGCGAAUUAAUGUAAUUUUUUCACUUUUUGUGAUUUUUGCAACCCCUUAUCUCGGGGUUUAACCAUCAUAAUUGCGAAAAAUACCCCUCGUUAGACUCCUCUCAACAUCUUUUGAGCAGCUAAAGGGUUUAGAGGGUGCAUAAACCCACCCCCUUUCAUCCCCAUUGCUGCAAUUUUGAUAUUAAGCGAUUGCCGUUCCUGGCGCUGCGCUCUAUGUUGCAUCUUUCAAGCUGUAUGGCAACUAAGGGGUGGAGGGAAAACACCCCUUAACCUAUUAGUUACUCAGAACUCGUUGAGAUAAUUCCAACGGUGGGUAGAUUUUGCAAAUGAGAUGCUUAGAACCCGAGAUAAACAGUUGCAAAGUUUCGAAAAAAUGCAAAUCAAUGUCAAUUUUUUCAUUUUGUGAUUUUUGCACCUCCAAAUCUUGGGAUCUAGCCAUCAGAAUUUCAAAAACUAGCCACCACUAGACUCGUCUCAGCCUCCACUAACCAGCCAAAGUGGUUUGGGGGUGCUCACCCCCAUCCCCUUUGAUCCCCAUUGCUGCAAUUUUGAUAAUAAGCGACCACCGUUCCUCGCGCCGCGCUCUAUGUUGCAUCUUUCAAGCUGUAUGGCAACUUAGGGGUGGAGGGAAAACACCCCUUAACCUUUUAGUUAUUCAGAACUGAUUAAGGUGAUUCCAACGGUGGGUAAAUUUUGCAAUUUAGAUGAAUAGAUCCCGAGAUAUAGAGUUGCAAAGUUUUGAAAAACGCGAAAUUAUGACAAAAUUUUGCCAUGUGGUUUGGUUUGGUUGGUCAGGCCUUUAACCACGAAGAAUCUAUUUUUAUUGUAUUAUAGACGAGAUAAAUAAAACUGC